AUGCGCAUGCUGAGUUUGCGCCAACUCUGCGGGGCCACCACUCUGCUCCUCUCUGGGCAGGUGGCCCUAGCAGAGCUCGGGAUCCAGGCCCAGAAUGUUGAUUCACUCAAAUCGGCGGCUAAAACCGUCGCUGCUCCCAUGAUGGAGUUCUAUGACAAGAACCAGACCGAAGGCAUCCCGGGCAAGCUGACCGGCACCUGGUACGUGGCCGGCGCCAUGUUCAUGACCCUCAUCCAGUACUGGCAGGCCUCGGGCGAUGAGACAUACAAUUCUGUCGUGUCACAUGACCUGAUGUUCCAGUCGGGCGAGAAUUAUGACUUCUUCUCGGGCAAUUACAGCCAAUGGCUGGGUAAUGAUGAUCAGAUGUUCUGGGGUCUCGCCUCCAUUACAGCUUCGGAGACAGGAUUCCCGGAGAUCUCAGGCAAACCCACCUGGACCUCUCUGGCUCGGGUCGUCUUCAACAUGCAAGUGGCCCGGUGGGAUAAGGUGGCCUGCGAUGGCGGCAUGCGGUGGCAGAUCUGGCCGUAUCAGGCCGGUUACACCAUGAAGAAUGCCAUCUCCAACGGUGGUCUCUUUGAACUGUCGGCCCGACUCGCGCGCUUCACCAGGAACGACACCUAUGCGCAAUGGGCCGACAAGAUCUGGGAUUGGUCGGCCGCCACUCCACUGCUGCAGACGGAUCGCUGGUACAUUGCCGAUUCCACCUCCAACGAAGCCAACUGCAAGGAUGCGGGAAACACGCAAUGGUCGUACAACUACGGCACCUAUCUGUCGGGGGCCUCGUACAUGUAUAACUACACCAACGGUGACGACAAAUGGCUGCAGAGAGUCAACGGCCUGUUGGAGUCCCUUAUCGGCACCUUCUGCCCCAAGGACAAGGGCGGCAACGUCUUGUCCGAGGUUGCCUGCGAGCCCAUCAUGACCUGCGAUCGCAAUCAAAUCGGCUUUAAAGGGUACACGGCCAUGUGGCUGGCGAAUACCGCCAUUCUCGUCCCCUCGACGGCGGCCCGGAUCAUCCCCGUCCUUCAGGGAUCCGCUCUGGCCAUCUCCAAGCAGUGCUCCAAGCCGCCCGACAAUACCUGCGGCAUGCGCUGGUGGCAGCCCACCUGGGACGGCUAUACUCCCGGUCUGGAGACGCAGAUGGCGGCCCUGGCGGGCAUCACUGCCAAUCUGAUGUACUACAAGUCGACCGCCCCGAACACCAUUGAUUCGAACCCGGACGGCAAGGAGCAUCAGAUCGACACCCAUGAGGAUGAAGCGCCGCAUGAGCUUGAUCCCAUCAACACAGGCGAUCGCGCGGGGGCAUGGAUCCUCACCGUGAUCAUCGUGGUUGCCGUCGGGGGAUCCGUUGGCUGGUUGAUCAAGACUUGA